GUUGCAUCACAAACGCACAGACACCAUUCUUCAUAAGAUAUACACUCCACAAAUAACUAGGAUGAUUUGGAUAACACUUGGUUUGGCCUUUCUUGCUUAUUUGUGGCUACUGAGAAGCAACAACAAGGCAAAGAAACUACCACCUGGUCCAAAAGGAUUACCAAUUUUGGGAAGCCUUCUCAAGUUGGGACCAAAUCCUCAUCUUGAUUUGUACCAACUAGCCCAAAAAUAUGGACCUAUCAUGUACUUACGCUUAGGUUUUGUGCCUACCAUAGUUGUUUCUUCACCCCAAGCUGCUGAACAGUUCCUCAAGACGCAUGACGUUGUCUUUGCAAGUAGGCCGCCUCAUGAAUCUGCAAAAUACAUCUCUUGGGAACAGAGGAACUUGAGCUUUUCUGAAUAUGGUUCUUAUUGGCGCAACAUGCGCAAGAUGUGCACGUUGGAAUUGCUGAGCCAAACUAAAAUUAACUCCUUCAAACACACGAGGGAGGAAGAGCUUGACCUAUUGAUCAAGCUUGUAAGAGAGGCAGCCAGUGAUGGAGCUGUUGUUGAUCUCAGUGCCAAGGUUGCAACACUUAGUGCAGACAUAGCUUGUAGAAUGGUUUUUGGGAAGAAGUACAUGGAUCGAGACUUGGAUGAGAAGGGGUUCAAGGCUGUGAUGCAAGAGGGAAUGCAUUUAGCAGCAACUCCUAACAUAGGUGAUUACAUUCCUUAUAUUGGUAAACUUGACCUUCAAGGACUAGUUAGGCGUAUGAAAGCAGUGCACAAAAUCUUCGAUGACUUCUUUGAGAAAAUUAUUGAUGAGCACAUGCAAUCCGAGAAGGGAGAAGACAAUAUGAAGGAUUUUGUGGAUGUCAUGUUGGGCUUUGUUGGUACCGUAGAAUCUGAAUAUCGCAUUGAUCGACCCAAUAUUAAAGCCAUAAUGCUGGAUAUGUUGGCUGGUUCGAUGGAUACAUCUGCUACAGCAAUUGAGUGGACACUUUCAGAGCUCCUAAAGAAUCCAAGGGUGAUGAAAAAAGUCCAAAUGGAAUUGGAAACUGUGGUGGGUAUGAAGAGGAAGGUGGAGGAAUCAGACUUAGACAAGCUGCAGUAUUUGGAUAUGAUUGUAAAGGAAAGCAUGAGGGUCCAUCCAGUGGCACCAUUACUAAUACCACACCAAUCCACAGAAGAUUGUAUGGUUGGAGAUUUUUUCAUACCUAAAAAAUCAAGGGUGAUAGUGAAUGCAUGGGCUGUUAUGAGAGAUCCAAGUGUUUGGAGUGAGGCAGAUAAGUUCUUGCCGGAGAGAUUUGAAGGAAGCAACAUAGAUGUGAGAGGGCGCGACUUUCAAUUGAUACCAUUUGGGUCUGGCAGAAGAGGAUGUCCAGGAUUGCAAUUAGGUCUUACUGUGGUUCGUCUAACAGUGGCCCAACUUGUGCAUUGUUUUGAUUGGAAGCUACCAAAUGACAUGUUACCAGCAGACUUGGACAUGACAGAUACGUUCGGCCUCACAAUGCCUAGGGCCAAUCCUUUACUUGUCAUUCCUACCUAUCGACUUUCUAAUGAAAGGGAUUAGGGAAAACAAUUUCCUAGUAUGUAUUUUAUGUUUAAUUAGCUUCAUUUCAAUAAAAUUUAUGAGAAAACAAAUAAAAGAGUGAAUCAUUAUCUUAAUUCCAA